AUUUUUCAGAUGUAUUGAUCUUUGUGUGAAAGGAGUGUAAAUUUUCUUUGUUACUGAAGUAAUCGCAAGAAUAAAAUUGUGAAAAGAUGGGCGCUGCAUUCUUUCCGGUAUUAUUUUUCACUGCAUUCUGGGCAUGUGUUGGAAUUGGUGUACCAAUGAUGACACCAAAAGGACCACAUCAAAGUCUUUUCCGUUGCAUUAUGAUGUUAACUGCAGCGACUUGCUGGCUCUUUUGGUUGUGCUGCUACAUGGCACAAAUGAAUCCACUACUUGGUCCAAAAUUGAACCAACACACUAUAUACAUGAUUGCGAAGGAAUGGGGCAAUGAACUGAAGGAUGGAUAAAUUGAAAUACAUUUACUAUUUGGAAUGGUAUUUAUAGAGAAUUUAGUGGUUCAGUUACAUAUAUAAUUUGUAGUAGUUAAAUACUUUUAAUCCAAUUAUAAUUAUGGAAAAUUUCAAAUUUGUUUCAAGUCAGUGAUUCAUUUGUGAAUUAUGCAUUCCUAUCGAAUUUUGUCAACUUAAGCAACAGAAAUAUUUUUCCAGAAAAUUAAAUUAAUUCUUCAGUUAUAAUAUGGAACAAAUGGUCGUAAGCUUUUAUUUGUAUUUUUUAUUUAUUGUUAAGAGAAAAAUAAAGGGAAGACAGCAAAAAGAAAAAUCAA